CCUACCCCCCCCCCCCAGCCACACAAAUACACUGCUUCUUGCCCACCUUUGGCUCUUUGUCACCCAGACUGGGUCCCUGAAGGGGAGAGGCCUGAGGUCAGAGAGAAGGACUUGGCCUGAGAGGCCUUGACAUGGAGAUCCAGCCUUCUUACCUUGCCUUUUGCGGCAAUCCUUCACUCCCCUCCCAGGAAUUAGGCAACCUUCCGGGCAGGAGAGAAACUUCUGUUGAGACCUCUCAGGGCGAAGGCCAGAGGGUGGGUAGAAAGAUUGAAAUCUGGAGGGUGACGGGUGCUUUCUGCAGGGAACAGCCAAUGUAUUUAAGAUACGGGAGGGAAAAUGUGGAGGAUUUGAUCCAGAUGCUGACGGAAGGCGUAGGGGCGGGUAAUGGCUGCAUGGGAAGGGAUUACCUUUGCAGCAGAGGCCAGCAGAAGUAUCCUCAGAAGGAGAGAAUUGGGAGCUAAUAGAGACUAAGAGUCUACUGCUUCAGGGUAACAGAAUUCCUAGGAUGUGAAUGCUCCCAGCCUCACUCAGGACUGCGGUGUGAUCUCUUUUAACCCGGUUUUCCUCAUAACAGGUGUGUAGAAAUUUCUCGCUUAAGUUCCACUCUGCCAGUCCCUAAAAGGGCUUAUCAGAGAAGGAAUGGCUGUCAGGCGCCUGCCAACCAUGGUCCAGGUGUGCAAAGCUCUGGGUACAGGUAAUGAAAACUGAAGUCAGACUACCUUAAGCAAAAGCAGGCCUGUACUGGAAGGAUACUGGGAUUUCUCCCAAGUAUUUCUCCACAUGCAAGGAAACGACUGGACUUACUAGGCUAUGGAGGAAUCAGUGACCUUCAAGGACGUGGUCGUGCUCUUCACCCAGGACGAGUGGGCACAGCUAAGCCCCACUCAGAGGGCCCUGUACAGGGAUGUGAUGCUGGAGAACUACAGCAACCUGGUCUCGCUGGGACUCUUAGGACCCCAACCAGAUGUGUUGUCCCAGCUGGGAAAAGGAGAAGAGUGGAUGCUGGAGGACACCUCAGCAGGCUUCUGUCUUGACUGGAUGACUAUGCCUGUGAGUAAGAAAUCUACUCCCAAGGCAGAUAUUCCUGGAGAAGACUUGGAUCGGUGGAUGGUAAAGGAAAAAUUUACUAGAGACAGUCACUGGAAAUAUGAUGGCCUGCUGGAAUGGCAGCAUGGAGGCCAGGUGGCUGUCACUCACCAGAAAACCCCCUCUGUGCUCAGUGACCAGGGAGGUGAUGAGCCUGGGAAGCACUGCACCGAGAGCUCAUCUUUUGUUCCAAGUCAGGGAUUGCAAUCUAGCAAAAAAGUCUUUGAGUGUAGAGAGUGUGGAAAAGUCUUCACUAAGAGUUCGACCCUUAAUAAACAUCAGAAAGUUCAUACUGAAAAACUUAAUGCAAAUCGGAAAACUGUUAUUAAAGAGAAACGAUAUGAAUGUAGAGAAUGUGGGAAAGCCUUUCACCAGAGUACACACCUUAUCCAUCACCAAAGAAUUCACACUGGCGAGAAACCGUACGAAUGUAAGGAAUGUGGCAAGGCCUUCUCGGUGAGCUCCUCGCUUACUUAUCAUCAGAAAAUUCACACCGGAGAGAAACCUUUUGAAUGCAACUUAUGCGGAAAAGCUUUUAUCCGAAACAUACACCUUGCACACCAUCACAGAAUACACACUGGAGAGAAACCUUUUAAAUGUAACGUAUGUGACAAAGCCUUUGUAUGCAGGGCACAUCUUACCAAACACCAGAAUAUUCACAGUGGAGAGAAACCCUAUAAAUGUAACGAGUGUGGGAAAGCCUUCAAUCAGAGUACAAGUUUUCUUCAGCAUCAAAGAAUUCACACUGGAGAGAAGCCCUUUGAAUGUAAUGAAUGUGGAAAGGCCUUCAGGGUGAACUCUUCCCUUACCGAGCAUCAGAGAAUUCAUACUGGAGAGAAACCUUAUAAGUGUAGUGAAUGUGGGAAAGCUUUCAGGGAUAACUCAUCCUUUGCUCGACAUCGGAAAAUUCAUACCGGAGAGAAACCUUACAGGUGUGGUUUGUGUGAGAAAGCCUUCAGGGACCAAUCCGCCCUAGCCCAACAUCAGAGAAUUCAUACUGGGGAAAAACCAUACACAUGUAAUAUAUGUGAGAAAGCCUUCAGUGACCAUUCGGCCCUUACUCAACAUAAGAGAAUCCACACUAGAGAAAAACCUUACAAAUGUAAAAUCUGUGGGAAAGCCUUUAUUCGAAGCACACACCUUACUCAACAUCAGAGGAUUCACACGGGAGAGAAGCCCUAUAAAUGUAAUAAAUGUGGGAAAGCUUUCAACCAGACUGCAAACCUCAUUCAGCAUCAGAGACAUCAUAUUGGAGAAAAGUGAUAUGACUAUAGUUUAUAUAGCAGAGCUUUGAGACUGAAUAUGUUAAUUAUUGAAUGUACGAGAAUCCAUUCCAGGAAAUAGCCAUGAAAGCUUGCCCGAAGAUGGUCUUUUUAUUCACAUUAUUGUGGGUUUGAGAAUUUAAGAAUGGCAUGCACUCCUACUUCAGAACUGCCUCUGUUAAAUAGCAGUAGUGUUUUACUGAAUUACUGAAUUGUGAAAUAUAACCAAAAUGAAGCUUCA